CCCAAGCUUUAUCAUUGUUACUGCGGCACAAAACCCCCUAAUACCAGAAACAGCUGUGCCAGAGAGGAAGAUGGCAAAAAACGACAAGAUUCUAAAUGAAGAGCUGUAUGUUGGGGAGAUCAAAGGCGGACUGAAGCCGACAAUGAGACUGGUCGUCAUGGGUAUUUUCAAGAAGCAGCCCAGGAGUAUGGUUGUGUCCCUGAGCUGUCAACCACAGGACGAUGCUGAAGGUGACGUCGGCUUGCAGGUGACUGUGAGUUUCCCAGACCGAGCUGUCUUAAGAAAUGCGCGCCUGGCAGGACAGUGGGGCCCAUCAGAAAAUGCCUUGUCCUACUUCCCCUUUGCUGCUGGGGAGCCCUUCAAGAUGGAGAUCGUCUGUGAGCACCAGCAGUUCCGAAUCCUAGUGGACGGUCAACCCCUUUGUGGCUUUACUCACCGUCUGCUCCAGCUUGCAUCUCUCACUGCUCUGCGUAUCUGUGGGGACCUUCAGUUGACCAAGGUGGCCUGAAAAGCAGAGUUUUAAAAAGUUUAGCUGAAGACAAGUCAACAUUUCUCAUGGAUGCUUUUCAGGUUCCUGGAUCUGACAGUAGAUGAUCCUUUUUUACUGAGUUCCUGCCAGUCUGUUCAUUUUUUUACUUUGGUUGCUCUAGGUACUCCAGCUUUUUGAUCUGACGGUGUGAAGUGCCUUCUUUAGUAGAGUUGUGUUUUGUAGAGGGUUAGAUCACAGUUGUGAAAACAAUACAAAGAACAGGGUACCAUCAAUCUGUAUUGCCAAAUAUAUCUAGUACUGGGAAUUUCUAAUCACAAACUGCUUGUUCUGCCUACACAAGAACUUUGGCAGC